AUGUCAGGAUCUAGCUACUACCAGCGUCCCGCUCCGAGCUACUCGCAAAAUUCCACUUCUGCAAAUACCGGCGGCCUGAGGCGCGACACCACUACCAAUCAGACACCCUACAACUCCACAAGCUACACAGGAUCACUCGACCCAAUGGACAGAUUUUGGGUCACGGGCCAGUCUUCGACGAGACCGAAUCGUGUGGCUGGACAGAUGGAGCAGUGGGAUAGGCAAUGGACCUCGGCCAGUCGUCGCUAA